CUUCGAUAGGCAUGUUAGUUUAGUAUUGAGGUUGCGGAAACAUUAUUUGUAGUUAAUAUUUAUAUAAGAAUUAUUUUAAUGAGUGAAUUAUUUAGAAGUAUUUCUUGAUUUAUGCUUUCUAUAGAAUGUACGAAGCUAUAUUGGUACUAAUGUGUUUUUAAAUUUUAUUUUGAAAGAUAUGGAAUAGAUUCUAAUUUUAAAUAUUUUGUUGAUGAAGCAUAUUCGUAUCAGAAUUAUUUCUUGAAUAAAAAUAAUCUGCAAAUUAUAAAAUGCAACCUGAAAUUGCAUCUCCUAAAAAACGAUUUAUAGAAUCAUCCUCGUUUUAUAGAAAUUGUGAAUUAAAUGAUCCGUUUUCUUCGAUGAGAAUUGAUGAUUCUCAAUUUCUCGAUAAUCUACCAACCCGCGGUAUUUGUUCUGUUUGUAACAGAUCUCGCAAAUAUUAUUGUUACACAUGUUAUGUUCCUGUGAAAGAAAUAUCUGACAGAUUACCAAAAAUUAAUCUACCAAUAAAAAUUGAUAUAAUCAAGCAUCCGAAAGAAGUUGAUGGUAAAAGCACUUCUGCUCAUGCUGCUGUAUUAGCUCCUGAUGAUGUUAAAAUAUAUAAUUACCCUGAUUUCCCUUCAUAUGACAAUGAAAAAGUUUUAUUGAUUUUUCCUGGUAAAUCUGCUGUUCCAUUUCAAGAAUGGUGGAAUAAAGCAAUCCAUUCCCAAGAGUCUUCUGACCGACCUAAAUGUAGUGAGAAUUUAACUGACUCGGAUGAAGUUUUGAAUCAUAAAGAGACAAAUAGUUUUAUUCAAGGAAAUGAUUCAUUACCUUGUCACAAUGAUUCAAGCAUUCAAUCAUUUGUAAAAAUACAAGAUAAAUCAACAAAUCUUCCAUUUUCUAAAGUUAUUUUCAUUGAUAGCACAUGGCGGCAAUCAAAAGCUAUGUAUAAUGAUUCUCGGCUACAAAACCUUCCAUGCAUCAUACUUCAGUCUUACAAAUCUCUCUUUUGGAGGUACUAUAGAGAGAAACUUGAGACGCACCUGUCGACUAUAGAGGCGAUAUACUACUUCUCAGUAGAAUAUCACCGUUUGCUGCACCCGGACAUGCCCUACGCUGGACAGUUCGACAACUUACUGUUUUUCUUCAAAUUCAUGUACUUCAAAAUAAGAACGAUAUACGACCCUCUAAAACUCAAAGCAUAUCAAAGCACCAGUUCAGAAAUAGUUGCCGAAUUUCAGGAAUUGAAAAUCUCAAAUCAGUCGCAAUAACGAUUGGUUACUUUUGUCACAUAUCACUCAUUUGAUUACUAAGGGGAUCACAAAGACUUCUUGUAACCACGCCCCAGUGACAUUUUUUUCUAAUGACCUGUUUCUUUUCUGUGAGGAAGAUGGACUUUAUGCCGCUUUUGAUGUCAUUUUAAUAAACAAUUG